AUGAAUGUCGAUUCAACCCUGACGAUUCAAGGUGCAAUGAACAGAGCUGGAAAAAUGGUCCUGGAUCGCUACGAUGAUUUUAACCGAGCUCGCACUCAACUACCUUCAUGGGGCGACGAAGUGGACAAGAAAGUGCAACAGUUCGUCGAAGGCACGGCCUCGGGUGUCAUUGCCACGGCGGUUUGGUCGUUUUUCGAAACGACAAGAUAUUUUAGUAGGGAAAGUCAAGAUGGAAAAGGAGCGAAACGAGUGACACUUUCACCCGCCAAACAUAAUAUCGAAUAG